UGUCAGACGUUAUGUCGAGAGAUUUAGACCGAACUGGACAAAACAAUCUAGUUAAAUCGGAAAUGCCUACAACCAAAAGAGCCAGCGAUACAUCCACCAACGAGUUUAUUUCAUUUGAAUCGUCAGGCGAAAGGAAACGCUCAUCGAGGGACUUGCGCACAUUGAGUUCAACUUCACUAUCAAAAGACUUGUCUUCACAUAACAGUAAAUUCAAAUCAUGUCACUCCGGAAGUAUUCAACGAAUGUCUCUCACAAAUAGCAAAGAAAGACCAGUUACGAGUCCCAUUUGCAAUACUAGAAACAGCUUUACCUCACCAACCCCCCAAAGACGACACUCGUCUUCAAGUCGCCGUCACUCAUCUCUUCAUGACCCCAAGGGAACAUCGGCCACGACGCCCCACCAGUCCCGCCACCGGCCCCGGUUGACCGCGACCAGAUGGGCCAUCGCACGGGUGAACGAGUUCGACGAUGGGGCGAAAACGUACGAAAUUCUUCCGGACGCCCCCAAACUACUGCCGGUGGUUGAGGGCCGCAAGCCACUGGACGUGCUACGGCGGAUGCAGAAGCUGCAAAAAACCGAACCGGUUCCGGAACUGACCGCAACGGAAGUUAUUUUCGCGACGCUUCCGGGGGGUCACACGAUUGCGUACAAAAGUGAUGAGGCCAAAUCGCGGUGAUGUUGAUUGAGAUAUAUAGAUUUAAAAAAAACUCGAUGAACGAUGAUGGGGCCAGCCCUACUGUGUAUAAUUUACUGAAGAGACGAUUCGUUGAAUCUACAGAA